AUGGUCCAUGGGGUGCAGGAGCAGGCUACGGCUGGCGCGAUUGUCAAUAAGCUGGUCAAUGGCACCGAGGAGCCUAUUCAGGCCUCGACUCAAAUAUCACAACGAAGCUGUUCAUUACUGCCUUCGUUUCACACGACAGUUUCUCCAUCCUCAAAAGCUCACGAUGGAGUGACAAAAAUUCAAAUUCCUUUCCAUAUCCAACGAAUCACCGACCCAAUUGUUUCUCCUCCACGCUCCCCAGUCCUGGACUCUCCAACGACAACUUGCGCGCCAACGACUUCUGAGCCUAUUUCCUCUGAGCCCAGCAUGCCGCGAAAGAAGAAAAAGAAAUCUAAGAAGAAGAAGUUGGCAAAGAAGUCGGGCCCUUCGCCUACUUGCCCAAUCCUACCUUCGACUGAGGAGAGCACGGGCAAAGUCUCCACUCUCUCUUCCCCGGCCUCAACCUGCACCGCGGUUUACCUGGGGAAAUUCAGUCCUAAUGAUGUGGCUCUUCGGCCGGCUGAAGAGCUGGCUGCAGAGAAUCAUCCCCAGGAGGUAAUCGCGAGUGACAUUGAGAGACCGGAUUCGCCUCCGUCACCUGCCCGGCAUGCAGGCUCCGACAGGUCCUCUCCUCAGCUGUCCUCAACACCACCAGAGACGGAGCCAGAAUUGUCAGCGACAGUGCCAGCAACACCAGAUAAUGUACCAGAGGUAUCGCCAAAAGACUCGUUCAACCCUACCACUAUCUCUUGGUCUAGCUUCGAGGAUCAGCCGAACUUUUAUUCCUGGUGGAACAUUCACCAACACGACAGGGAGCACUUGUACUGGAUACAUGAGGAUUGGAGCACGGUGAAGGUCGACAUCUCAACAUUGAAUCGGGAGGAUGACCCUUCAGCGUGCUACUUCUGCACCGAGUGCCGUCAGCAUAGCCCGGACAAAUUGUGUUGGUGUCCAAAGUGUCAGAAACGCAUUCGCUGGUGUUGUUGCCUUCACUACCCCAGCUACUGCAACUAUCCUGGUCAGAAAGCGGCUUAUCAGCGAUAUCUUCGUCAGUUUGCACUCGAUGCCGAGACAGGUUUUCCUGGAACCCCGGUUUCCAAGACCGAAAAAGCACCCAAGUCGCCCGACGAGACAGAGGAAGCACCGUCCGUUUCUCCUGAUCAGGUCGACACUUCUACUCCUGCUGCCCCCGGAGUUUCUGAGGCCGACGAAGCAACCAAGACGCCUGACAAGAGAGAAGAAAAAGAAGAGGCAAUCAGGUCUCCCGACGAGAGAGGGGAAGCGCCGGCCGUUCCUGCUAGUCCUGCCGGUACUCCUCCUGCCGCCCCGGCAGAGACCGAAUUGAUUUCUCCCGAGCCAAAGAAAAGGAGGAGAAAGCAGUGGCCGAGAAGAAAGCGCAAGAAGAUUAAAUUCAAGAAAAAUCAGAUGACCUGGUCUGAUGAUACAUCUUCUCCUGGUCCAUCCCCACCCCAAGACCCUUCACCCAGCCAGGGCAUGGCUGUAGAGACGUUGUCUCUUAAACACAUCCCUGAGCUCACACCCACGUCGUCUCUCAGUUCCACUGCAUGGGAUGCCCCGAAGUUAUUCACUCCAAUUGGCGGUGUAUCUGGUGCCGUUAAAGAGCCCGACUUUCUCUGGGAAUUCACCAAAGACUCUUCCUUUGUCUGGAAACGGAAGCAUCCACGCGUUGUACGACGAAUGUCUUGGCCAGUGAACCACUUGGGUAUCGAUGAAAAGUUUGUCAAUUCCGUCUGA